AUGACCUCGCAGCGCAAAAGCGAUUCCGAAUUUGCUGAUACAUUGGGUGGUAGACUUGGAGAGGAUAUAUCGACGCGGAGCCAGAAACGCCUACCUACUCAAAACGACGAAGAGAGAUUAUUGCCCGGCAAUACCAUACGGUCCGAUCCUGCCGCGGUAAAGAUUGUACCUGGAAGUGUGGGGCAAACGUAUGGUCGCAAGAGUAAAGUGAAUAUUCAACCGUUCAAACCUUGCAAUACACUUUCACGGCGUGCGCGAGAAAGCGGACCAGUUCGUGCGCGAGGGAAAGCAGAUCGGAGCAGCAGCAACCAAAGCAGUGCUAGAGGUAUCGUCACCCAUCCAGAAAACGAUGCCGAGCACGACGAUCAGGGGCGGCCGUCGAAACGUCGGCGCCGAGAGAGCCAGGACACUUCCGGGGUCAUAAGCAUUCCCGACGAUGAUAUCAUGGAGCAAAUUUCCCCGGAUAACUCAUAUCUUGCUGGACACUCGACACGGUUGUCGCCUUCAUUCAGUCAACAUUCAGAAAGAACGAAGCUCUGGGAUCCGAGUUCUAAACGCAAUAGAGUUGACGAGUAUCGUGACGUGGAGAGGGGCAUUAAACCCCCUCGAACGCCCAAGCGAGGCUCUAUAAAUUACUCUCAACUAUCCUCGGAUGGAUACUAUGAAGAGCGAUUUACUGAAGACGCAGCCAGAGAAAGGCGUGCGAUGGUGUCAAAAGUGGAACCGGAAUCAACCAAAUUGGCGUGGCCAGAUCGAGCGGGAAAGCAUGAAGCCAUCGAAAGUGUUGAGAUACAUUCGCGGCCCUCGAAGGAACCUCAAGAGGGACCGAAUUUCUAUAGUCUUUCCUUUGGGAUGGAUCAGAAUCAUCCAGGCAAUUCGAGGGACAGCCCUGAUGAACUUCAAGGAGGCGCAACCGUUCAGCCAGCACCCAACACACUGAAAAGAAGCCGUGAAAAUGAGGCCACCAUUGCUAUGUCUGAAGUCAAAGAACAUCCAGGUGUAGUCGGUCGGUUAGCGUCUCCAUCUGAUAUACAGCCUACGGUAUUUACAAGCUCCUCUCAAAACCAUCGGAAAUCCGACAAGCGGAGAAAGGCCCCCGCCACACCAGUCAAAUUAGCCGUUAAAUGCUUCUAUGCCACUUUCGUUCGAUUUGGGUUGUAUGAACACCGGUCAAGUGAAGCAUUUGAACUAGCUGUGGAGACUACAGAGUCUACAGAGUCUACAGAGACUACUAUAACGUUUCCUUGGAAUGGUCAAAGAACUUCUCUUGGGAGACUUGACAAGGUUGUACAAGGGAAGUCGCCUAGUCGGAGAGUUCGGCUACAGUUUUCCAGAAAAGGGGGCCUUGAUAACGAGAUGGACAUGGAAUUCUCCACGUCUGAGGAGCAGGAAACAUUGUGUACUCUGUUACAAAGAUUGCUGCACGGGCAACAUGUUCGGCUGCAGUACAGGCGCGAUGAUUGGUUAGAGGAUUCAUUCAUCAAACGGGCCGAAGAUCUGGCGGAAAAGAAAGCGAAUGAAACCAAGCGCGUUAGUGAAGACAAGCAACAGCCAAUAUUAUACAAGGCGCCGGAAAUCGCUAAGAGGGUGAAAUUGUCGGACUCUUUGCAGGACAAUAAUGAGAAUAUUGCCGGACAAAUACAACCUUCGGAUACCGCUUCGGUGGAAUAUUCCAAAUCCUCAGCAACAAAAUCUCCGGGAACCUUAAACGCCGAAAGCACACGAGAACUACCCUCAAAUCAACACGAAGCGGACAAAGUUCCUAUGAAGAAACUUUCUCCGGGCUCGUCAUUCUCUAAUCGAGCAACACGGUCAAUGUCGCGUCGGACACCAGCAACAACAGUCGUUUGUGAUGACGGGCCAGAGGAUAAUGGCUCUCAGCCAAAGGCUGAAGAGACAGAUAAAAAAUGGCACAAACCACUUGUAUAUCCCCGCUUUGGCAAGAAAAAGGCUGAGGUCGAUGCGCAAGAUCGUGAACGGCUUCGUGACAACGAAUUUUUGAAUGAUAACCUCAUAGGCUUCUACAUGCGCUUUCUCGAGGAUCACUUAGAGCGGACUAACAAGGAGGUAGCGAAGAGAGUCUAUUUCUUCAACUCGUAUUUCUUCGCAACCCUGACAAACGUUAAGGGCAGAAGAAAUAUCAAUUAUGAAGGUGUCCAAAAGUGGACUCGCGCCGUUGACAUUUUCGGAUUCGAUUACAUCGUGGUCCCUAUCAAUGAAAACGCUCAUUGGUACGUCGCUGUCAUUUGCAACCUGCCAAAUUUAUCUGGUAUUGCCGACAAAAGCACGGAGGACCGGCAACCCUCGGAAAAUAAUAAAGACAGUUCGGCUGCACCGGAGAGUGAAGGCUGCGAAAUCCCCGAAACACCUGAACCUAUCGGGGAACUACCUGCGGAUAAAGAAAUGAAAGUCAAUAACAGACAAAUUUUGGAACCUGCAAAAGACGAAGCAACCCGGCAGUCAUUCGAGUCAAUGAGUUUGUCAGACAAAGAAGAACCCAAGGACGGUGUACCAAACUUGGCCCCUACAGAGUGGCCGGAGCAAGAAGAGAACCUUGCCUUUUCUCCCGCCAAGUUCUCUAGCCCUGCAGCUAAAUCAGAAUCCACCCAAAAGGCUAGCCUGGGGGCGACUUCUGGGCUAGCAGCGUCUCCCCAUAAAGGCUUGAAGAAGGCAAAGCCCGGCGGAAAGCCUGGAGGUGCUAAGUUUGAUAUGCGUCAAGUAACUAUAAUUACUUUUGACUCGUUAGAUCUGUCUCGCUCGCCUACCAUCAGUAAUCUCCGCGAUUACCUUUACGAAGAGGCCAAAUCUAAACGCGGCAUUGAAAUCGAUAGAAGCCUAAUCAGAGGCAUGAGGGCUCGAGCGAUCCCUCUGCAGUCUAACUAUUCAGACUGCGGUCUAUACCUUCUAGCAUACAUAGAGAAGUUUGUUCAGAAUCCAGACUUGUUUAUCGGGAAGCUUCUCAGGAGAGAAAUGAAGACGCAAGACGAUUGGCCGCUUCUAAGGUCCGGUCUUCUUCGACGUCGACUGCGUGACUUUCUGGACGAUCUUUAUGAUGAGCAGGCGCAAUUAGACUCUGAAAAGGGAUGUGGAAAGGGAGCCCUGGCCGAUAGAUAUCCGAUAUCUUACCUUCUGGGGUCUUCUGCACCCGCAUCCGCCCAAAACGAAGAAUGCAGUGGCUUGCAGGAACCGCAAGUCAAGGGCUCCUCAAAUCUUGAAAUAAAUCCGCAAAAGCUAUCACUUAACAAACGGAGACCAGCCUCGAGCCAUUCGAGUCCCGCGGCUUCCGACGAUGACCCAGCUCUCAAAACGGAGAAGGAUGGUGUGCAUCCAAGAGCGCCCAGUCUUAAGAGCUCAGGUGUGGUAAUCACCACUACAAAUAUAUCAAACAAAAUUGACGACAAAGGUAUCGAGGUCCAGGUCCCUAACAGUCAGGAGGAAGUUGAGGAGGUUAGCUUUCAUUCAGCGAACAUACCCAAGGAGAAACACGGGUCUCCAAGCGAUCUAGCAGCGAUAAAGCCGGUGGACCACGAAGUGCGUCCGGUCGAAAAUAAAGAAACAAAAAAGGCUGGACAGCCAGCGAAGUUUCACACAGUCGAAGUGCAGAUUAUGCCACCGUCUUAUCAAGGCAACAUAAAGAAUCAGCGCUCUGCCAGGCAGAAACCCAAAUAAAAAUUCGGUUAAACCAAGCUUUUACUAUGGUUCAAUUGCGUCAAUCAACGAAACUCUUUCUCUUUCUUUUUCUCUCCAUUUUUUAACCUGUCUUUUUUUAUUUUCAUUUUAUUAUUUAUAUUUUAUUUUUCUUUUCUGAUAACCCCAUAGGAGCUGGCACUCGAUUAGGCGUUCGGGCAUAUGAGCAUGAGAACUUACUCGGGGUGCACGAGAUACCAC